AUGGAUGUAGGAAUUAUUAAAUGCUUUAAGGCAAAAUAUCAAAAAAAAUACAUUCAACAUAUCUUAGAUCAAUUUGAAAGGGGACUAGACAUUCAAAAUCCUGAGAAUAAAUUAAAUAUUAAAGAAGCUAUCAAUUAUGUAGCAGCUUCGUGGGAUGAAGUGGAUGAGUUAACAAUGGCAAAUUGUUGGAUGAAAACUGGUAUUUUACUCUUGGUAUCAUAUACUGAUAUUGAACUUGCACAAAAUAUGUACCUUGAAUCAAUUGAACUUGAAGAAGAUAAAAUAUAUACAUUAGUAGUUGAUCUUAUUGAAGAUCUAGAUUCAACGGUUGUACAAGAAAUAGAAGCGUACAGAAAAAUUAAUAAUAUACAUAUUUCUACAGAAGAAACACUGGAUGAUACUCAAAUUGUUGAAACUGUAUUAGCAAAGCAAUUAGAGUAUAAACAGGGUGAUUCAGAUGAUUCUGAUGAAGAACCGCCAAAAGUCUCUCCUUCUGAAGGAUUAAUUGGAUUGAAAAGUUUUACCUUGUUUGCUGAACAGCAAAUAUGCAAUAACUUUUUUUUUAAUAACAAUGACUUAAAAGUAUUUUCAAACCAAAGUAUGGCUAUUAAUGAUGAUUUUCAUGAUGAUGAUAAUAGCUUUUCUGGUGAUGAUUUUUCUGGUAGCGAUAAUUUUUCUGGUAGUGAUGAUUUUUCGAAUGACAAUGGUAAUGAUGAUUUUUUUGAUGACAAUGAUUUUCUUGAUAACAAUAAUUUGUUCUAUUAUGAUGGGCUUUCUGAUAACUAUGAUAGUUCUCCUGAUAACUAUGAGAACUAA